AUGAACGGGGUUAACGAUCUUGAAGGUACCGAUGGUAUCGUACCUCUGGAACCUCUUUUUAUAUCCCAUCAAGACGCCGAGCCCGAGAAAGAGGACGUCAACGAAAAAGAGCCUUUUACGGUCUUUGCCAAAUGGCAGAAACACUGGAUCAGCCUCAGCGCAUCAUUUUCGGCCAUGUUUUCUACCAUGAGUAGUUAUAUAUACUACCCGGCCAUUGUUCCCAUCGCUCGAGAUCUUAAGGUGUCGGUCUUCUUGAUCAAUCUCACAGUAACCUCAUAUUUGAUUAUCGCCGCGAUUGCACCUGCCUUUAUGGGGGAUAUGGCUGAUCAAAGCGGCCGGAGACCAAUAUUUCUCUUGAUGUUCGUCUUGAUGAUUGGAGCAAACGUUGGGAUUGCUCUCCAAAGUUCAUUUCCUGCCCUACUGGUGCUUCGUAUGCUCCAGAGCUCAGGUGCUUCUGGAUUGACUGCCAUUACGUACGGUGUUAUAUCGGACAUGACAUUGCCGAAAGACAGGGGAGGUUUCGUUGGUGUAUUAUUACUCUUCACAGACAUUGCCCCAAGUCUUGGGCCUGUGAUUGGAGGCGGCAUAACUCAAGAGCUUGGAUGGAGAUGGGUAUUCUGGUUUCUGACAAUUGUUAUCUCAAUAACAGCUCUUACCAUGCUGCUUUUCUUCCCUGAGACGCAGCGCAACAUCGUGGGAAAUGGCAGCGCCAGCGUCAGAGGCAUUUACUGGAGCUUCUUCACUCUGAUCAACAAAAGCCCUCAGAGAAAGAACGGAGGAGCGUUGAAAAGUCACAAUUCCAGGCGACACUGGCCAAACCCGUUCGCCUGUCUGCCGAUCUUGAAAGACCGCAGCUCACUCGUAGUGAUACUCCUGUACGGAAUCACAUAUUCCGUGAAAAUGACGCUGCAAACAUCGCUGGGUGCCCAGUGUGUGGAGAUCUACAAACUAGACUACCUGACUGCAGGAUUGAUAUAUAUUCCUUCUGGGGUCGCCGGAGGCAUAGGAUCAUUCACAACCGGGAGAAUUCUCAAUCGGAACUACCGAACAGCAACGAGCAAGCUAUCAGAAAGUAGUGACUACAAUGGCAUUGCGCCCUCUGAAGUACAAAUUGAACAAGUCAGACUAAAGGGCUUGAACUUUUUAGUCACUAUAAGCGCGUUAGGAACAGUUGGAUACGGUCUCGCCCUCAUGACAAAAGCGUUUAUCACCGGAAUCACCACGGCUAGUCUGUUCACGAUGACAGGAACACUCUUAACCGACCUCAACUGCGAAAGAUCUGCUACAGCACAGGGUGCGUCCAGCAUAGUGAGAUGCUUGGGAGCGGGUGCGGCAAUUGCAGCACUGCAACCACUCGCCGAUGCUGCGGGUUUGGGUUGGUGUUUUGCUAUCUAUGCAUUGCUUCUUGCAACUGAGUUGCCUUUGGCUUGGAUCAUUUGCAAGAAGGGACCGGAUUGGAGGAAGCAGUGCGGACCUUAA